AUGUCCUACCCUCAGGAUCGCCGGCGUCGUGCGCCAAACGGAAUGGGCUUCAGUUCAACGGGCCGACGAACAUUUAUGGGGUAUUGGAUCCCAUUGGCUGUGACAGUUGGUAUCGCGACAAUUAGUGUCGCUGCUUGGAUUUGGAGCGAACGACAGGAAAACGAGGACGACGACGAAGGACGCGAUUACCCCGAUGAUUUUAACCAGCCCCCCCCUCCGUCUGGCUAUGAAGGCGGUCCACCUGGUGCGGAUUUCGCGCGAUCCACAGGUACAGAUGGGCGACAGGACGAUGGUAGUGUCAUUGCGCGUAUGCAGGGCGCUUUACGUCGAACACCUAGUCCCCAACAGCUCUUUGAUGGUGCUAGCAGAAGGGUCGCGGCUGGAGUAGCUGCUGCCGGCGCCAUGGUGGGAGGUGCAUUGAGCUCGAUCACCGAAGAACGCGGUGACUUUGAGGAUCAUUCGCGUUGGUCGGAAGAGGCGGAUCUACGUGCCAGAGGUGGUGCUGAUGUUACUCCUCAUGGCGGCCCUUCUACCUCGACAAAGGCAAAGAAGACUGUGGCACUUGUUGUUUCUUCUGUUGCUCCAUCUGAUGAUCCAGAGGACAUUACUUUGUCUGAACACGCCUCAAUUCUCUCUCAUCUCCCCUCUCACGUCGAUAUAAGCGUCGCUCGCGUCAUUGUUCUCAUUUACGCUCCCAAGUUGAAACACACAAUUGGUAUUCAGACGUCGACCCGGCCCACACCCUCUGUGGACUCUUCAUUUUCCAAUAUCGCGCCUGAGGAAGCAGCUGGUGCGCCUGGUAUCUCUGGCAACGAUUUGACAAGCCUCGAACCUCGUUCUGCGACUGAUGAACUCGAAUCUGCUGGCCGCCUUUUCAAGACCCUAUAUACGCAGGCACAAGCCCUCGUGGACAAAGACACCAUGAUCAUGCCAUACAGCACACCCAACGGACAUCUACACAUCUUGCGUCAUCUGUCGCCGGACAUUGUAUAUAUGCAGGAAUCGUUGGCUGGUCCAGAAGGUGAUAGUGUAAAGAAACUUGCUGACUGGGUCCGCCACGUGGUGGUUGUUGUCGGUGAUGAGGGCGGUCGCGGUGGUUUGAUUGACAGCGAAGACGAGCACUCGGCACUCGGAGGAGAGCGCCGCGAAAAGUGGUGGCAGAAGGAAGGUGUCACCGGUAUCGGUAAACACAUUGAUAUUGUUGACAGUCUCAAGGCUGGCGACGAUUGGAGACGACGAGUCUCGGAAGAACAUCACCUGCCGGGACGACGAGACAACCGCCAGUCGGAGCCCUUGUCAAAGCCAGCCAUCUCGACAACUGCCUGCCUCACGGACUGCGGCUGCCUCAAAUCAGUCUGUUCGCCAGCUGUGCUCACCCUGUCAUCCUCAUUGGGUGAUGUGUAUCUCUUUUUGAACCUCACCUCGCUCGCUCUCUCUGUCACCCACCCUAUCAUCACCCCCGUUCCCCACAUGUCUCGCGCGUCGGUGGAAGCGUCAAUUUUUGGAGCUUGGGGUCUUUCUUCGACGUCAGAAGUCGUGACUCUCUGGGGUAAUUCCGUCCCCGGCCUGUACCUCCGCCCGCCCAUCAUGGCUACCGCUAUCUCCAAACCCGCAUCUCAGCCUCCGAAAAUGAAACGUCCUCCACCCUCGUUUACGCAGACUGGCAUGGUAAACGGGAUCAAGCAGUCGCCUUCUGCUUCGUCGUCGCCGGCUCUUGCCUCGAAACGGCUGCCCGGUGCUCAUCAACCGCCUGCCGUGAAUGGCAUUGCUACACCUACCACCAAUGGCGCAUUGAAUCGUCCGCUUAAUCGGCCGCGAAAAGAUAUUCAGAAGCCCGCGGAUACUUCAACGUCACGGCCUCAACGGGCCACGACUAGGAAUUUUGUCGCGGAAUCAGAUCGUCGAGUCGCCAAAAUACCUCCAGAGCCUUUUGUGAAAACGACGUCGUAUAUCCUCAAAAAAUACUCCAAGUCUUCGCCAUCCCUCAUCCUCCACCUCCAUCCUACUCACUUUCGAUUUGAUCAGCAAGAUGGCAGUUUCCCAUACAACUCGGAAAUGAAGGUAAUCAUCGAACAUAUUCGGUCACAGACUGUACCUCAUGAUAUGCUUGAGGAGCUUCUCCGCGCUGGCGUCAAGUUUUACGAAGGUUGUCUUAUCGUCAAAGUUGUUGAUCACAAAUCGGUCUCAGCUCAGACAAACAAGACGACUGUAAAGUCUACCGACGAAAAGAACACACCUUUCUCUAUUCACAACUAUAACCAGCACGUUACGCCGUCGCCGUAUGUGCCAUAUCCGAAGCAGAAUCAGAUCAAGUCCGAGGUGAACGACUUAUCUACGUCGGACUCGCCUGAAAAGAAGCCUGAUGCGGAGUCCGCUGAUUCUACGAAACCUAUGGAGACCACCACCGCUGAUAUUACUCGUGAUGCUGAAAAGCAAGCUGAACAUAAACCAAAAGUUUUCACGACAGUGCUGCAUCCAACGCCGCUUUCCCUCCAAGCAGAGCUCACCUACUUAUCCACAACACCACAUCCUCAUGCCAACUUGAACCCUGGUGCGAACAAGAAACAACCUCUUUCGACUCAACCACAGACUAAGAUUCCUACAGGGCAACCUCCGGUCAAAAGGCAGAAGAUGCUUGUUGACCCCGAAGAUUUACCCAAAUUCGAAGCUACCUUGAUCAGAGCCGUCGCACCUCCGAUAUAUUUAGAGCCAGUAGAUAACUUUGAAUCUGCACAGGAGCUUCUCAAGCUCAUGGAAAGUCCUCUGCAUUGUGCCAGGCCACCGUCACCGAAAAGGAGGAAGCGAACAGUUGCAGAGUUGGCUGCCGACGAGGCUCUUGCUGCAGAGGAAGAGCGAUUCAUGCUUAUCAUGGACGAAAGAUUGGAGCCCGCGACAUCAGGCGCAGCUGCGGGAGCUAAGAUUGCUGUUGACGAUACUGCAGGUGCCGUACCGUUUGAACCACGCUUCUCUAGAUUCAAAACUAUUGAGAAUAUCCGUAUGCAGCAUGAAGAAAAGGCCAAACGUGAACAUGAGAAGAAACUUCAACAGGAACAGGCCAAGCGACAACAGCAAGCAGAGGCAGAAAGAGAGAGACGGCGACUCUUGGAGCAAAGACAAGCAGAAGAAAAUGCAAAGGAAGAACGUCGUCAACAACUGGCAGCCCAACAAGCGCAUGCUCAGUUAGCUGCACAGCAACAACAGAGAUUGGCAAAUGGUCUUACUCAGGUCUCACAAGGUCAGAUGUCUUCUCCGGUGGUGCGCAAUCAAACUCCGCAUGCCACUUCUUCUCCGGUUGUUGGCACCGGUAUGGGUACUCAAGGUGGUGUCUCUAUGAGCAUGACUGCGUCUGCUCAAGGCGCUGGCAGUCCACCCCGACCACCUUCAACUAUGCAGCAUGCCCACCCAGGUGUUAUGGGCCACCCGAUGGCUCCUUCUAGAAGUCAACAAGGUCAAUCUCGAAAUGGUACUCCUCAAAUGACUCAGGGUACUCCGGCCAUGGCAAACGCUACACCAAUCAUGCGCAAUGUUACACCGACACAGCGCAUGGCUCAUGGCAGCCCACCAAAUACCACCAUGACACAGACACCAGUCAUGGGCAAUGCCAUGAUGGGUACGCCGCAGAUGGCAGGCAUGGGAAUUCAGAUGACACCACAGCAACAACAAAUGCUGCUCCAGCAACGACAACAAGUAAUGAUGGCUCAACAACAAGGUCUUACACCUCAACAAUUCGCUCAAUUACAGGCCCAGCAAAAUAUCCAGAACCAUCAACAUCAACAGCAGCUACUUAAUCAACAGCAGCAAGCCCAACAAAACCAGAUGGGUCAGCAACAUCAGCUCCAGCAGAUGCAGUCUCAGCAGGCCUAUCAAGCUCAUCUUAUACGGAACCAGAUGGCGCAGAUGCAGAUGGCUCAACAAAAGCAAAACCAGCAGCAGCAAGGUGGCAUGCAAAUGAGUCCUCAGCAACAACAACAGCAACAACAGCAAAUGCUUAUAGCAGCCGCUCAGGCGAACGCGAACGCGAACCAGGGUCAAGUUCCACAAAACCCCACGCAGGCUCGGUAUCAACAGAUGUUCAAACAAAGGCUGCAGCUUAUGCGUGCAGACAUGCAGAAGCGAUUACAAUCACAAUAUGGCACCCCUCAACAAUACCCGCCGCCGGUUGCUCAGCAAUACUACGCUGGCUUGGAGAACAAUGCACGAGCUUGGGUCCAGGAUGUCAUGAGGCGAGAAAACUUGCAACAACAACAACAGCGACAGGCUGCUCUUCUUCAACAACACCAGCAGCAGCAGCAGCAGAUGAUGGCUAAUGGGAUGGGUAAAUGA